AUGCGGUCGUAUCUCGGGAGCGUCCCAGGGUUCGUCGGCGUGGCGGUCGGGUGGCGUCCUGGAUCUGGUUACACAACUGAACAAUUGUUGGGAACGGUUGGACACAAAGAUAAAUACGUAGGAACUACAGUGCGUUUUUCUGAAAAAAUUGUACAUCCAGAUUUUAGAAAACAGUUAUUCUUUUAUGAUAUUGCACUUUUGAUACUAAAUUCCACUGCUAUUCUUCCUUCAAUAGUAAAACCUAUCGCAUUACCAAGUGUAAAUAGAAAAUACACUUCCGGAACAGCAUUGAUGGUUGGGUGGGGAAGAAUUGGAAAAGUAAAUGACAAAUGUGCUAAAUGUAAAAUUUGUGAAGGAAAGUAUUCCCGUAAGGGUAAAGGUACAACAUCGUUAAAAAAUCACCUCCAGAGGAAACAUCCACAAGAAUAUGCUUUAUUCUUAAAAGAAGACUCCGCUAAGAAGAGUGCCGACGAAAACGUUCAACAGGGAACAUCUUUACAAACGGUAAAAAGAGAAUUUAGACAAACAUUUUUUAACGAAUACAUAGAAAAACUCAAAAUGUGGGAUAAUACAAACCCCAAAUCAAUAAAAAUUGACUAUUUAAUUGCAGAAAUGAUAGCUUUAUCUGAUUUACCUUUUCAACACAUAGAAGGAUUGGGGUUCCGACGAUUGUUGAAUCAUGUUGUUCCAAAUUAUGUUCUAAAAGGCAGGAAAUAUUUUACGGAACUUGUUUGCAGCGAACUUUACGAUAAAGUGUCAUCGAAAAUAAAGAUCAUGUUGAAGGAUUUUGAGAAAGUUUCCUUUACAUCAGAUAUCUGGUCAGAUUCUUCGUCAGGAGUUUCAUUAUUAUCCUUAACAUGUCAUGGUAUUACAAAAGAUUUUAUAAGAAAAAAUAUCGUUUUGAAAGCGGAGAUUCUUGACGAACGCCACACGGGAGAUUACAUUUCGGCAAUAUUUCAAUGUAUGCUCGAAGAGUGGGGAAUCCCAAAACAGAAUGUGCACUGCAUAGUAAGAGAUGGGGGAUCCAACAUGAAGCGUGCCUGCACUUUAUCUGACAUAAAUAAUAUUGACUGUACAGCACAUCAGCUGCAUCUGGUGGUCAAAGAAGCUAUUAAAAAUGUUGAUGCAAUAUCCAUGUUACUUACAAAAUGCAGAAAAAUUGCAGGACAUUUCAACCAUUCUACAAUGGCAAAGCAAGAAUUAGAAAAAAUACAAGUUCGACUCAAUCAAAGAGUUUUAAAAGUUUUGCAAGACUCGCCGACACGCUGGAAUUCCAGCUAUUAUAUGUUGGAAAGACUUGAUUGCAUUAAGGAUUCGUUGUCGCUUUAUUCUACUAAUAAUAAAAUAGAACAGUUUGAUGCCGAAGAGUGGAUUUUAAUUCAAGAAUUAGUGAGAGUACUGAAGCCUCUGGAGGAUACCACAAAAAAAUUGAGCGCACAAAACAUAUGUAUAUCCGACGUUAUUCCUCUAGUACGAGCAUUAAAUAAAUUGUAUGACGAGAUUCAAAUUUCUGCUAAUAGUGGGGAAACUCUCAACAUCAGCACACCUGCCGUUCUUGAUUUUUUGUCUUCUUUGAAGAAUGAAUUAGAUUAUCGUUUUUCUGAAAUCGACAAAAAUAUAUUGUUCCAAAUAGCAACAUUUUUAGAUCCACGUUACAAAGGUAAAUUUUUCAGUGAUUUUCUUAUCAAAGAUAUAAAACAGAAACUACUUACAGCUUUAGAAACAGAAGUAAAUAUCACAACAACUACAACUAGCACAGAAAAAUCAAAUGCUGUAAGAAAAGAAUAUUGCAACAAUUUAGAAGACUCUAUGGCUAAUAUGUUAGAUAGUGACGAUGAAGAUGAGGAAUCUGAAAACCAAAUAUCAUACACUAAUGCUAAUUUGCUCACAGAAUAUGCCAAAGAAAAAAGAUUAUCAAGAGACCAAGAUCCAUUAAAGUAUUGGGAGAUUAAUAGUAAAAAAUUUGGAGGUCUUAGUCACAUGGGUUUCUUGCAUUAUUAA